CGCACUCACCUCGUCAAAUAUGGUCCAUUCCGUCGGUAGUUCACCGCUGCUGAUCCUCUGGAUCCUUAUUAUAACUUCAACCGUUAAAAACGCCCUCAGUCAUCCGAUUGUGAACGGAGCCCCACCACGGGACUCGCACCAGUUCCGUUUCGCCGUUUCCCUACAACGGAUGCUAGCCAAUGGAACGCUGAUGCACUUUUGCGGUGGAACCUACCUGGGAGCAGGCUGGAUCCUAACGGCCAACCAUUGCACCGUCGGGAGCAUCAAAGAUACCGAGAUGUACGCCCUCCUAGGUGGACUCCCCCUAAGCACCGGGAAUAAAUCCACUUUGUAUCGGGUUCGACAAGUGUUCAGCCAUCCGGAUUACAACGCAGUCACUCUGGGCGGCGAUAUCGCGCUGCUUCGGCUCAGCAGUGCAACCGACCAGAAGGAUUCAUAUUCUCUUCCACUGCUUGACAAGAUGGUAUCCAAUACCCUUUUAUUACCAUCGCCAUCGAAUAACCCUAGUAACAGCAACAGUUUCGGUAUGCUAAACAACGAAGUCGGUGAGGCGGCUAUCGGAGAGGAGUGUCACAUUUUUGGUUACGGAUCGGCUUCCUUCUACGGUGCCGUCAGCGAUAGGCUGCAGUACGGACCGGUGCGGCCGCUGAGCUUCGACCGGUGCGUGCAAAUGCUGGGACCCGUUGUGGCUCCGGUCGCACCUAAUUCUGGAAUGUUUUGCGCGAUCGGCAUUACCGAUUCUUGUAGGGGAGAUUCCGGAAGCGGGCUGGUGUGCCGGCGAAGGAUACGACGAUCUUUUCGGGAUAAUGGCGAGGUAAGACCAUACACGCUACGCGGAAUCAUCUCGUAUGGAGCGGGUUGUGGAGCUCCGGCUUCGCCCGGGGUCUACACCGAUGUGGGCUUCUAUCGCCGGUGGCUCGACGAACGAAUUUCAUCCAGCCUCUUGCUUCAAAUGCCUAAUGUUUUUUGA